UUAAGGGAUACCUUUAGAGCAGGGGUGCCCAAACUCGUUCCUGGAGGCCCGGUGUCCUGUAUAGUAACACACCUGAACCAGCUAAUCCGAGAGGGGUCUGGAUGCAGACCUGGUGUAGUGCAAUCUGAGCUGCAUUCAAUGCUUUUUAAUAAGCUCACCUAACCCUACCCGUCACAGUGACGUCACUCACUCUAUUGACUGCAUUGUGUCUGACAUUCCAUCGCGGAGUGAUGCAAUCUCAGCUUGCCUCAUAAAGGCUGCUUCCGGAUACUAUUGGCUAAUCCAGCUCUUACGUACUACAAGUUUCCAGGCAAGCAUGUUUAGGCAAGUUGGAGCUAAACUCUACAGGUGUUUGGCGCACAUCUGUGGUUUAACCAGUUGAAGAUUUAAUAAAACACUCCUUCAUGACGAUACAGGAAGAAAUGAUGCAGAGCUUCUGCUCAAGACACCAGUUAAGUAGAGGAACGAGGAACAUCUACAUUAAUCCUGGUUGCUGUGAAUGGGUGAAGUACGAUGGCAAAUGUUAAACAGCUGCUCAAGAACUCACUGGAUGAACUGGUAGAAGCUGAACUGAAGGAGUUUCAGUGGUGUUUAAUGAAUGACCAUGGAUGUGUUUCAAAAGCUGAAAUGGAGAAUGCAGACAGGUUGAAGACAGUGGAUAAGAUGGUGUCAUGCUUUGGACCAAAAGGAGCUGUGAAGAUCACAGUGGACAUCCUGAGGAAAAUAAAACAGAAUAACUUAGCUGAAGAGCUGGAGAAUACACAGAAGCAAGGCUCCUCUUCAGAUCAGUGCAAAACGCCUGUUUAUAAUACAGACCUCAACCUCACACUAAAGAAAAAACUAAUGCUGGACUACAAGAAGAUAUUAGUUGGUAACUCACAGACAGGUCACCGGGAAUACCUGAAGGAUAUUUACACUGAUUUAUAUAUGGUGGAGAACGAGACUGGCGGAAUAUUGUGUAAGCAUGAGGUGAGACAGAUUGAAUCAAGUUACAACCGAUCCACCACCAAAGACACGCCAAUCCAGUGCAAGGACAUUUUCAAAAUCCACCCUAAUAUGGGUCUACAAAACAGAAAAGUGCUGACAAUGGGAAUCGCAGGGGUGGGAAAGACCUUCUCUGUCAAUAAAUUCAUCCUUGACUGGGCAGAAGGUAAAGACAAUCAGGAAAUAGUCUUCAUAUUUCCACUGCCGUUCCGUAGACUGAAUCUGAUUAGAGAAGAGUGCAGUCUCAUGGAACUGCUUCACAAAUACUUCUUCACUGGAUCUGAAGAAUUGCCCUCUCUUCCAGAAGAAGAUGGUAAGGUCAUGUUUAUCUUUGAUGGGCUGGAUGAAUGUCGCUUCCCCCUGAGAUUUGAAGACAGUGAUGAAUUUGCAGAUGUUGGUCAAAAAACAACAGUGGGUAAGAUAGUGACCAAUCUGAUAGAGGGACAUCUGAUGCCCUCUUCCCUCAUCUGGAUCACAUCUAGACCAGCAGCAGCCAGUCUGAUACCCCGAGACUACAUUGAUCAGGUCACAGAGGUGCGAGGAUUUAAUGAUGAACAGAAGGAGCAGUACUUCAUCAAAAACAGCAGUCCUGAGGUUGCUGGAAACAUCAUCGCUCACAUCAGGAAAUCCAGGAGUCUGUACAUCAUGUGCCACAUCCCUGUCUUCUGCUGGAUCUCUCUCACUGUUCUUCAGCCUCUUCUGGCUCGAGAGUGCAAUGACAAAACACCCACAACUCUCACAGGGAUGUACACCAACUUCUUGCUUACUCAGCAACAGCGGAUGGAAAAGAAAUACAGUCAUGAUCGUCAGCCUAAAGUCAGUGCCAGGUCUUUUGAUCACAUUGUUCUGAAGCUUGGGAAACUGGCUUUCCAACAGCUGGAGAAAGGAAAUCUGAUUUUCUACAAAGAAGAUCUUCAGGAGUGUGGGCUAGACAUCAGUGAAGGGACAGUGUUCUCUGGGUUAUGUACUCUGAUGUUUCAGGAAGAAAAGGUUUCAGCUAGAAAGGUUUACAGCUUCAUACAUCUCAGCGUCCAGGAGUUCCUCGCUGCUCUCUAUGUGUUUUUCAUCACCAAAAUCAAGAAAAGAAACCCAUUUCUUGAUUUCUGGAAAAAGCUGACAUGGAAAGUCUCUGAAAAGACCAUGUUUAAACUUCAUAAGGCUGCAGUCAAGAAGACUUUACGAAGCAGGAAUGGACACUUGGACCUUUUCCUCCGGUUCCUGCUGGGUCUCUCACUGGAGUCUAAUCAGAGUGACCUGAAGGAGCUCCUGCCAGGACUGAAGCUCAAAACAGAAGACACCAAAGACACGACUGACUAUAUCAAAAAGAAAAUAGAGAAGGAGAAAUCAGCAGAGAGGACCAUCAACCUCUUCUACUGUCUGAAUGAACUGAAGGAUGACUUUGUGGAGGACCUCCAGAAGAGUCUGAGCUCUGGAAAUCUUUCAGUGCAGGAUCUGUCCUCUGCUCAGUGGUCAGGUCUGGUGUUUGUGCUCCUGAUGUCAGAAGAGACUCAAGAGAAGUUUGAACUGCAGAAAUACAGAAGAUCUGAUGAAGCACUGAUGAGACUGAUACCAGUGAUCAAGAACACCAGAAGAGCAUUCCUACAAUGCUGUAAUCUCACUGUUAAGUCUUGUGAGAGUUUGUCUUCAGUUCUUCAAUCCUCAAACUGUGUCCUGAGAGAGCUGGACCUGAGUAACAAUGACCUGCAGGAUUCAGGAGUGAAGCUUCUCUCUGAUGGACUGAAGAGUCAACACUGUAAACUGGAGAUACUGAGGCUGUGCAUGUGUAAUCUCACUGCUGAGUCCUGUGAGAGUUUGUCUUCAGUUCUUCAAUCCUCAAACUGUGUCCUGAGAGAGCUGGACCUGAGUAACAAUGACCUGCAGGAUUCAGGAGUGAAGCUUCUUUCUGAAGGACUGAAGAGUCCAAACUGUCAACUGGAGACACUAAGAUUGCUCAUGUGUAAUCUCACUGCUCAGUCUUGUGAGAGUUUGUCUUCAGCUCUACAAUCCUCAACCUGUGUCCUGAGAGAGCUGGACCUGAGUAACAAUGACCUGCAGGAUUCAGGAGUGAAGAAGCUCUCUGAUGGACUGAAGAGUCCAGACUGUAAACUGGAGAUACUUAGAUUGGUCUUGUGUAAAUUCAAUCCUCAGUCUUGUGAGAGUUUGUCUUCAGCUCUACAAUCCUCAAAAUGUGUCCUGAGAGAGCUGGACCUGAGUAACAAUGACCUGCAGGAUUCAGGAGUGAAGGUCCUCUCUGAUGGACUGAAGAGUCAACACUGUAAGAUGACAAUACUGAGAUUGUCUGGCUGUAUGGUGACAGAAGAAGGCUGUGGUUUUCUGUCUUCAGCUCUGACUUCAAACCCCUCACACCUGAGAGAGCUGGAUCUGAGCUACAAUCAUCCAGGAGAUUCAGGAGUCAAGCUGCUCUCUGAACAACUGGAGGAUCCAAACUACACACUGGACAAACUCAAUGUUGAUCAUGGAGGAGAGAUCAGAAUUACAGCUACACCACGAAAAUAUGCCUGUUUUCUCACAGUGGAUCCAAACUCAGCAAACACUGGACUCAUUCUGUCUGAGGAGAACAGAGAAGUGACCCAUGUGAGAGAGAAACAGCCGUAUCCUGAUCAUCCAGACAGAUUUGAUGGGUGGCCUCAGGUGUUGUGCAGAGAGAGUGUGUGUGGACGCUGCUACUGGGAGAUUGACUGGAGUGGAGCAGAUCGUGUGGAAAUAUCAGUGUCAUAUAAGAGCAUCAGGAGGAAGGGAGGAGGUUAUGAGUGUGUGUUUGGAUAUAAUGCUCAGUCCUGGAGUUUGAUCUGCUCUUCCUCCAGUUUCUCAUUCAGAUACAGUAACAAACUCGCAUCUCUCUCUGUAGAGCUGAUCAGCAGGAGAAUAGGAGUGUUUGUGGAUCACAGUGCAGGAACUCUGAUCUUCUACAGCAUCUUUAUAGACUCAAUGAUCCUCAUUCACUCAGUUUACACCACAUUCACUGAGCCGCUCUAUCCUGGGUGUAUUGUUUAUGGUGGAUCAGUGAAACUGUGCUGAAGACUGAGGAGACUGAGAAGAGAUUUACCCAUAAUUCUCUACUCUGCAUGAUCAGUCAGUCUUGCUGAACUUCUGUCUCUGACAGAAUAAAUGUGUGUGUGUCUGUGUUUGUGUGUUGAGGUGAAAUCCCAUAUGUAUUUGUGCUUAUCUCCUUUUUUCCUUCAUUUUCUCCAAGGUUUCGGAAUAUAUUGUUGCGACGCAGGCUUUAAAAAAUGAAUGAAUCGAUAUUUCAGGUAUUUUUUGGGUGAAAUGGACGCCGUGUGCUCCAGACAAAAGAAGAAAAGGAGCAUCCAGACUGUUACCAGCAACAACUCCAUAAGCCAGAGUCUGUCAUGGUCAAGUGCCCUUGGCAAAGGUAACUUGCACUUAUGUGACGCUCCAUUAAUGCUGAAAAGUACACAGAGAUUUUGGAGCACAAUAUGCUGCCUUCUUCUCCAGGGAUGUCCUUGCAUAUUUCAACAAGACGAUGCAAAACCACUUAAGACUUGUUUUUAAGAAGAAUGGGACAAAAUGAAACUCUUCAUCACUUGGUGUCUUCAGUCCCUAAACAUCUGUUCAGUGUUGUGAAAAGGAAUGGCAACAUUACAGACUGGUAAAUGCUUCACUGAUACAACUUUAUUUGAAAUGUGUUGCAAGAACCAAAAUUGUAAUUUGUGUUUAUUUUGAAAAAAACUAAACAAAAAAAAAACAACAACAUCAAUAUAUAUAUAUAUAUAAAUCAUGAGGAACACAUUACAUAGUGUUUGUUGUAUUGUCUGCAAUGAAACACAAGUCAAAGUAUUUAGAAAUCAGUACUUCCUUUUUUCUUUGCGUUUUCCAUAAUGUCUAAAAAUUUUCUGAUUUGGGGUUGUAUUUCUAAAAAUG